AUGCCAGUCACUAAAGCUCCAUCGAGAACAAUUUCAAAGGACUCGGAUAGACUUAGCUUGAAGUCGCAUAGAACUAACAGUUCUAGAACCGACGCGUCAUCAUCCAGAAGCCACGGAUCAUCGUCGAAACUGAGGCAAAAGUUAAUCACCUCCUCAAUGCUAAAGCACGAUGAAGGAUCAAAGCACUCAAACAAGGGACAAGGAUCAAUUAACUACACCAACAAAGUGGAUAACAGGACAACAAGACACGGUAAGGAGGCCAAGGGCUCACUCGACCCUUCAAACAAAAGUCUGAAGCAAACGACACUAACAAAGGGAAGCUCAGUCGAAUCAAACAAAAGACCGCUUAACAAGUCAAUAACGUCAUCAAUCGAAUACGAAGAGUCAGAUUACGAGUCGGAAACACCAAAGCACAGGAGUAAGAUUGCGAAACUUAACUCGACCAACUCAUCGUCAAAGUCAACGCCCACAAAGCUAUCUGGCAAAAAGGCAAGUACGGACGACAAAGAGAAGAUGAAAACCGUGUCAUCUGUUUCCAAAGGCGAUAGCGCACAGAACAAGGACGGCUUACUGCUAAACCACGACGACGACAUAGAAGUAAGCUACAAAAGUGCCAAAAUCGCAGAGUCACACGAAGCGCCGAAAACACCGAACCUGAACCACACGCUAGUCAACAGCUCAAACGUCGACAACCUGUACUCGAUGGCGAACGAGGACGAAAACGACGACUUUAGAUUCAAAAGGUCGAAAAGGUCGCACUACAAGCUGCAGGACAGCAUCCUGGCGCUGAUUGCGAAGUACCAGGCGGACCUGGAGCACCUGGACCAGAAGAUCGAGGCGCUGGAGGCACAGUUCUUCAAGAACCCGCCGGAAACGACGGGCCUGAUCAAGGGCUGGGAAGGAAACGUGCUGAACAACGCGUACACGAACAUCUCCACGGGACUGAAGUCGAGGCGCGCGCUCAACGCCAAGUUCAAGGCGAACUUCACGCAGACGCAAAACCUGAUAACUGAGCACAUCUUCUCGCUCACAAGCUCAACGUCGAAAUCAAACUGCAGAUGCAAAGAAGACAAAAAAACACUCGUCGAUAAGCUGAGAUCUGCAAGUGAUGACCACCCACUCUCGUACCUGGAGUUCAGAGAAUCGGAAUAUAAGGUCUCUAAGGAGCGAAAGGAGGCGAUCAAGGACAUAGCGGCCUCGAUACGCGACAAGUGCAGAGCCGAGAUCGACGAGUACGUUAACUGCUGCACAGAGAAGAACUUCAUCAUCUUCAACUGCAAGAAUCAGUCUAAGGAUCUCCAUAAAUGUAUUAGGAUUUACCAAAGGGACGCUACAUCCCCUGAGGCCAUCAGGAAGGUCAUGGAGCAGCGUUACAGGAAGGGCGACAGCUCCGCCGUUCCUUCCUACCUCAAGCGGAACUCCGCCGAGAAGCACGUUGAUAAUGGCACGGUCCAAGUGUAG